AUCAACUUCUCAUCUCAAUAUGCAACACCUCCACCCUUCGCCUGCAGACCACACCUCCUUCCAAGCCCUAACCACCCCUCCAACCACCCCACCGCUGCGCCCCGCCCCAAAAUCCAAGUAGCCGAACUAAAUUAACCUCACAAUCGCACCACCACACUAGAUCCGAACCCUAGCAAUCAAUAUGAAACUCUAGCCGUCGAAAAUGGACGGCGGCUCCAUGGACAGCGGCGACUUCAGGCGAGCAGAGGUGGUUCAUGGAGAAGAAGAAAGGGGAAGGAGUUGGUGCGGCGGAGAAUCGAUGCAGAAGAAGGAAGAAGGCUGGUCUCCAUCUUCGUCGCAGGGGCUGGUUGCAUCUUCGUCGCAGGGGCUGGUCGCAUCUUCGUCGCAGGGGCAGGUCUCCAUUUUUGUCGCAGGGGCUGGUCGCAUCUUCGUCGUAGAAGCUGGUCUCCAUCUUCGUUGCAAGGGCUGGUCUCAUCUUCAUCCCAGGCUCCAAAUCCUGAAUUGUCGAAGAAGGUGAAUUUAAUUUUGGGAAUGAGAAGGUAAAGAGCUGGAGUGCGGGAUUGCUACUCACAAUUGUGGCCUCGACGUUUUUUACUGUUGGAGGGGUCUAAAUGCCUAAUCACUCAUAAUUAUCGGCAAAACCAACAAGAUUCAGCCUUCCUAUUUCUGUUGUAUUCAUUUUGCAAUCUCAACAAUUUCAUGGUUUUGUAUACCUUGUGAAAGCUUUCCGUACUGUUUUAUUUUAACUCUAUGUUUUAUGCUUUAAUUUCGAUACUGUUUUAGUUAAACUCUAUGUUUUAUUCUUUCUUUUCAUUUUUCUUUUGAAAUCGUCUAUAUAUGCAAGAUUGCAACUUGUAAUGGAUUAUAUCUCUCUCGUCUCUGCCAAUUCUAUUUUUUC